GCAGACUUGCGUGAAAUGGCAACACUGUAGUUAUUUAAGAAUGGCCGACAUCACCCUGAUUAGAUUCGUAUUCGCAAUUGGUGUUUCUUUUUAGUCCGGCACGUAGCGCGAUCAAAGCAACGUGCAGCCAUCGAGGGCUACCAGCAAUUAAGGGCAACUUUAGCUUCCCGAGUGCCCGGUGGAGCAGUCGGCCGAUCACACGAAUUCGUUCGCACGUUUUGCAUCGCGGCCAUCGCAUCCAUUCUAAUCAGGGGAAGAGGCAUUCGUUCUGCGAAUCGGGAUGCUCGAUAAAUGAUAAUAAUUCCUUAGAAUGGCAGAACCAUGUCCACCUAAUAAUGAGGAACUUGUGAAUACUCUAGAUACUAAUAGUUCAGAUAACAAACAAGACUGUACAAGCCCUAGUCCAACAGAAAGUAGUACUUCACACAAUAUACAGCCCUUGUGUGAGGACUUAGAACAUUUAGGCCAGCUUGAAUUGAAUUGUGAAGGCGACACAAAUAAGUCAUCAUUUCUCAGUAAUUUAGGUUUAGGUGAAAGUGAUGAAAAUGUGCCGCCGGACGAGAUGUGGCAUGAAUGUUCGGAGAACCACAUUGACGAACAGCCGGAGGAUUUUGAGGUAGCAACAGAGGCGACGGAGGAUCUUCGGGAACUUCCGCUAGUAUGUAGUGAUCCUGUAACACCACGUCGUAAAUCUUCAUUACAAAAUCAAAAUGAUAGAUACUUGAGAAAACGCAAGCUAGAUGGACAUAAUGGUUAUUCAAGUGGUGCAAGUCCCUCAGAAAAAUUAAAGCAGCGCGGUAUUAAAGACACUACAUCUCCAAAUAUCACCGAAUGGUUACAACAAUUUCAGCAAUGGUCACAUGCGGAGCGAAUCACCGCCAUCAAUGGACUCAUCGCGACCUGCGAACCGACGCAGGUGCGACACAUGAUGCAGGUGAUAGAACCACAGUUCCAACGUGAUUUCAUCUCGUUACUGCCGCACGAAUUGGCAUUAGCAGUGCUGAAAUUCCUCGAGCCGCAAGAUCUUCUGAGAGCGGCGCAAACGUGUCAAAGUUGGAAAUCUUUGGCUAACGAUGAUCUCCUCUGGAAGGCAAAGUGUAAACGAGUUGGUAUUAUUAAACUUGAUGAUAUUCCGACGAGACGGCGCGGGUCACGUCCUUCUAGUUGCCAAAGUUCACAAUGGAAGGCUGCAUACAUGCGUCAGCAUGCGAUAGAAAUGAAUUGGCGCACAAAGCCAAUUCGAACACCAAAAAUGCUGCGAGGUCAUGACGAUCAUGUGAUUACAUGUUUGCAAUUUUGCGGCAAUCGCAUUGUAAGCGGUUCCGAUGACAAUACGCUUAGGGUUUGGUCAGCCACCACUGGAAUGUGUUUACGUAGAUUAGUCGGACAUACCGGUGGUGUAUGGUCGUCGCAAAUGUCCGGCCGGACGAUAAUCAGCGGCAGCACCGAUCGCACUCUGAAGGUUUGGGACGCAGAAACCGGUGCCUGCAUUCACACGCUCCAAGGACACACAUCCACGGUGCGGUGCAUGCAUUUACAUGGUCACAAAGUUGUAAGUGGAUCAAGAGAUGCCAGUUUAAGAGUGUGGGACAUUGAAACCGGCGAAUGCCUUAACGUCCUCGUCGGUCACUUGGCGGCGGUGCGAUGUGUUCAGUACGAUGGCAAACUUGUCGUCUCCGGCGCGUACGACUACACGGUCCGGGUGUGGGAUCCGGAUCGUGAGGAGUGUUUGCACACACUACAGGGUCACACAAAUAGAGUAUAUUCUUUACAGUUUGAUGGUGUUCACGUCGUGAGUGGUUCGCUGGACACAAGCAUACGAGUAUGGGAAGUGGAAACCGGUACGUGCAAACACACACUCAUGGGUCAUCAGUCGCUGACUUCCGGAAUGGAGUUGAGGAAUAACAUUCUCGUCUCCGGCAACGCUGACUCCACCGUUAAAGUGUGGGACAUUUUAACUGGUCAAUGUCUUUCGACUUUAUCAGGUCAUUUCAAACACCAAUCAGCCGUAACUUGCCUUCAAUUCAAUACUCGUUUUGUGAUAACAUCGUCCGACGACGGCACCGUGAAGCUGUGGGACGUGCGCACCGGCGAAUUUAUUCGCAAUCUGGUUGCGCUCGACAGCGGCGGCUCCGGCGGUGUCGUUUGGCGUAUCCGCGCCAACGAGACGAAGCUGGUGUGCGCGGUGGGCAGUCGCAACGGCACCGAGGAGACCAAGCUGCUUGUGCUCGACUUUGACGUAGAUUCUAGCAAUUCAAAUGCGCUGAUAGCUAGGUAAUACCAUUCAAUUCUGAUGAUGUGCGGACAAGCGAGAAAGACUUACACGCGCUUAACUAGCAAACAAAUUACUACUGAUCCAAAUCGCCAACAAAUCGUAAUCGUAUGUUUAAUGAAAGGAGAAAACUGUAUUGCCUUUUCGUGUCCCGUACUUAUGCAUUCGUAACGCGUUCACUUGUGCCGACUCGCAUUCGUUUGUGUUUAUUUAGCUCCAUGUUGUUUUUUUCGAUUCGUUUUUUUUUGGUUUUGUUGCCGUUCAAUGAAGCUACAGGUGAGACAUACAGAAAUGUGUAUAUUGCAGUAUUUUUCUAACGCCUAGCAAAAUGAUUUCAAAGCAUCACAAUCAAAUAGUUGUUGUUACGAGGAGAUUUAUAUUGCUGCAGGCUGUGGUUCAUUUAAUAUUGUUUGAUUUUGUACCAAAAUUGAUAGAAAUUGUGUUUUAAGGUGUUCAGUAAUUUAAGAGGACGCUACUGGCGAUUUUUCAAAUCAUUUCAGUUACAACAAUUUGUAAAUAACGUGUUGAGCUUCUUAUUUAUAAUAUUUAUAAUUGGUUGAUAAUUUUUGUUAUAACAAGCGACGCGUAAUUUGUCUCCCAACAGAACGAUACGAGUUGAAAGUCAUCAAAGUCAUUGAAAAAAUGGUCUUGCAAGUAAACCGUUCCUAAAAUGCAAGCGCGAUGCGUCUUUUUUGUUCAGAAUACUUGCAGAGGAACCACUAUGAUUAAUUAACUUACUUCAACAUUCAUUAGAGACUGAUAAUUAUUAGGUAAUAUUAAAUUGUACGGCGCUGCCCAUUCUGACUACUCGAACAGCAUUCGUACGUCUUAUAUAUUUUUAUAAAAAAAAAAUGGGAACGAAGCAUAAAAAGAAAACGUUUUACCAAGUUUUUAUUUUUGGUUCUUCAAUUCUCAUUUGUUUUGGAAAAUUCGAUAUGAUAGGUGUAUGUUUCGUUAUGUCUGAUGUUUCCUUAAUUAUGUAGAUAUUUAAACGUGAAUUGUUUUUAACUAUGUAAAUGAUGGACUAUUAUUAUUAUCUAUUAUUGUUUUAUACUACAGAUCCAUGCAACGCGAAAACCAGCCCGAAUCUGAAACUGUAUAAACAUGAUUUUAACAUUCGUGAGUUUUGUUUAAGUUGCGCGAUGGAGAUUGAACGAUGCCGAUCUCCGCGUGUCACGUUGAAGAUCUUCGUAAACAGACCUAGUAUGUGGACAUGUUGUUAAAUGCUCAACUUUUGUGUCGUCAAUAUGUAAUAUGUUGUUAAGUACAACUAUUAUUUUACUAUAAACGAAUAAUAAAUUGUUAUAAAAUUGAAGUAAA